AUGGCCUGCUUGGACUGUGCUCUGCUGCUGGUUUUGGCAGAUAUCCAGCAAAGCGAGCUGAACUCCUUCCUGUGGACCAUCAAGAGAGAUCCCCCAUCUUACUUCUUUGGCACCAUCCAUGUCCCGUACACGCGUGUCUGGGACUUCAUCCCAGAGAACUCCAAGAAGGCCUUUCAGCAGAGCCAUAUCGUGUACUUCGAGCUGGACCUCACUGACCCCUACACCAUCUCAGCUCUCACCAGCUGCCAGCUCCUGCCGCAGGGGAAGAACCUCCAGGACGUGCUGCCCCGUGACAUCUACCGACGGCUCAAGCGGCACCUGGAAUACGUGAAGCUCAUGAUGCCGUCCUGGAUGACCCCGGACCAGCGGGGCAAAGGGCUGUACGCAGACUACCUCUUCAAUGCCAUUGCUGGCAACUGGGAGCGGAAGAGGCCGGUGUGGGUGAUGCUGAUGGUGAACUCUCUGACAGAAGUGGACAUCAAGUCGCGAGGCGUGCCCGUCCUGGAUCUGUACCUGGCCCAGGAAGCGGAGCGGCUGAGGAAGCAAACGGGUGCCGUGGAGAAAGUGGAGGAGCAGUGCCACCCACUCAAUGGGCUGAACUUCUCCCAGGUGGUCUUUGCUUUGAAUCAGACUCUCUUGCAGCAGGAGAGCCUCCGAGCAGGCAGUUUCCAGAUCCCCUAUACGACAGAAGACCUUAUCAAGCAUUACAACUGUGGGGACCUCAGCUCCAUCAUCUUCAACCAUGACACUUCUCAAGUCCCAAAUUUCAUUAAUGCUACACUUCCAGCCCAUGAACGCAUUACUGCCCAAGAGAUAGACAGCUACUUCCGUCAGGAGCUCAUCUACAAGCGAAAUGAGCGAAUGGGCAGGAGGGUGAAGGACCUGCUGGAAGAGUACCCAGACAAGAGUUUCUUCUUUGCAUUUGGAGCUGGUCACUUCAUGGGCAACAACACAGUGAUUGAUGUUUUGAGGAGAGAAGGGUACGAGGUAGAACACACUCCAGCUGGACAAGCCAUCAACAACAGAAAACCCCCCAAAACCUUGUUAGCCUUUUCAUCCUCAUCUCCAGCACACAGCCCCUAUGUUGCAUCCCAGGACCUCCCACUGCUGUUGCGCCCCCAGAAGGAGGAGAAGGAAGAGCUCCUGCCUCACCUGCUGCUCCCUGAUGGCAUUGACGUGCUGGAGAAGGUAGACAGGAAGUACCAAAAGAAGAAGAAGAAGCAGCAGAAGAAGCAAAGACUGCGACAGUUUAAUGAUCUCUGGGUUCGCCUUGAAGAAAGUGCUACCGACCCUCCUCCCCGGAUCCGCAUCAUUAAUGGCUACAUCACAGUUGAACCCCAGCCCUGGGGCUACGGACGGUCUAGUCACACUCGCACGGAUACUGGCAGCACUCACCAGCUUUCCUAUUCUCUUUUCCUCUUGCUACUGACUUUGACUUUGCAUAUGAUAAGGCUGCACUGA